AUGCAGGCCGCUGCAGAGGAAUCACAAUUUUUUGACCCUGUCGCUUUUGGAAAGGACCUCAUGGCAGGGGGUGUGGCAGCUGCAGUAUCCAAGACAACAGUAGCACCCGUUGAGCGUGUGAAGCUGCUGCUGCAGGUCCAGGCCUCAUCCAAGCAGAUCCGUGUUGACCAGCAAUACAAAGGCAUGAUAGACUGCUUUGUGCGCAUCCCUAGGGAGCAAGGAUUUCUCAGCUUCUGGCGUGGCAAUCUUGCCAAUGUUAUCCGGUAUUUCCCUACGCAGGCCUUAAACUUCGCUUUUAAGGACAAAUACAAGCAGAUUUUCAUGGCCGGUGUAGAUAAAGAUAAACAGUUUGGGAAGUGGUUUCUUUUAAACUUGGCUUCUGGUGGGGCAGCUGGAGCAACUUCUUUGUGCGUUGUUUAUCCAUUAGAUUUUGCACGAACUCGGUUAGGUGCGGAUAUUGGGAAAGGUCCUGAAGAACGACAGUUCAAAGGUCUUGGUGACUGUCUUCUUAAAAUUGUAAAGACAGAUGGGCCUCGUGGCCUAUACCAAGGAUUUGGUGUUUCAGUACAAGGAAUAAUUGUGUACCGGGCAUCCUAUUUUGGAUGUUAUGACACCAUAAAAGGAUUAUUGCCAAAUCCAAAGCAGACUCCAUUCCUUCUGUCUUUUGCAAUUGCUCAAUUCGUGACGACAUGUUCUGGGAUACUGUCAUACCCCUUUGACACUGUCAGGAGACGCAUGAUGAUGCAGAGUGGUGAGACUGAGCGUCAGUACAAAGGAACCAUUGACUGCUUUAUGAAGAUAUACCAACAUGAAGGGAUUCAAGCCUUCUUUCGAGGAGCCUUCUCAAAUAUUCUUCGUGGGUCAGGAGGUGCUCUGGUGCUGGUCCUAUAUGAUAAAAUUAAGGAGUUUUUUAAUAUUGAUAUUUCAUCAGGCUCAGCAGCUGACUAA